GUUCGGCGUUGGGGUUGUCUGUCGUGGCUGAAUUCGGAGAUGUAAUAAGAGGAUAUUCUUUGUGAGGCUAUUGAGCUGUGGGGUAGUGGAAGGGGGGUUACUGUGUCUUUGUAUAUCGGUACAUGCUAAUAUGCUCCGACUGAUGUUUUCAAGGACGGCUUUAUUGCCAUAGCCCUUGUCAUAAAAUUGACUAGUAUGUUGUAUGGCGUAAUUCUAUUAUUUUGGUCUCUUGUUUCGUGAUAUCAUGUCAAUUGCUUGUGGUGGAGUCCCAUGCGGGGCUACCCUGGAGUGGUGAGAUGGGCUAAAUUUUCACCUCUCAUUUGCUGCCUCCAGUGAUCCGGGGGAACCAGUAAAUGACUUUCGUCUUGGGUGGUAGUAUGUAAAGAAUAGUACUCAGAUAUUUGGCAAAUUGAAGUCUCUUCUUUGUGGGGUUCAAGUCCCUCGGUCGUGCAGCUGUGCUUCGACGAAGUCAGCGCACUUGACGACAAGGGAAAGUUUAACCAACACCACAACUGGGACUCGACAGGGCAGCUAGUUCAUAUCUGAAUAUACAACUACUGAAAAAAUUUAAAAGUUUGAUAUAAGCAUGGUCAAAAUAGAGGACUCCCGACAAGCCCGCUCUCAUUUGCUCCAUGCGCAAGCCUUGACAAAGAAGCCUUUGAAGCGUCCAGUGCACGUAACUUGAGAGUGUGCCCAAAACGUCUUCAGGGUCUCGAAAUUUCCGGAUUAGGAACUCAAAGAGCUGUCAAAAUGCGCCAAAUAUAUCUUUCUGCUCAAAUUAAACAUGCUUCAAAAGAAGAAGAAGCGCACUGAGGUUAUAAUGCGUAGCCAAGGUUACGACCAUUGAAGCUGAAGGACGGCCGAUAUUUUUUCUUCUUCUCCAUUUGUCUUGAUCAACUUUCUUUCCUACGUUUACCUGCAAAAAACCAUCAUCAGAUGUUAGCGAAUGAAUAGGUGACUUUCUGAAGAACACGCACAGCACUACACACUUACGGUUUUGGGGGUAUCGUGACAGCAUUAGCCAUGUCAGUUGCCGUCUGCUCAGCAGUCACAGAGGUGGAAGAAGUGGAAGUUUUUCCGCCAAAUGUGAAACCUCGCCUCCGAGGGCGUAAACUCGUUGAAGACGAAACUGCUGGGAAACUACAGCUCGAGCUCUUGGAGAGGGUUGAAGAUAUCCUUGAGAAGAUAGGGAAGAUACUCUCUCGAAAUUUCCAUAAGCUACCUAUGAAAGCUCAGGAACUGGGUUCUUCGACUGGACCGGGGGAUCUCUUGCAGCGGUUGAAUCUUCUCACCAGAGAUCGUGCCUUGGACGAAUUUCUACAGAAGAACCGCUCUUGCCGUCAGCUAUUCUCAGAGUUGUUGUGCUGUCGCUACUCAUACCUAAAGGAGCCAGAGAGCCGGCGUUUGCAACCUCUUGCAACAGACUUGACCUCAAAAGACGCGAUUCUCGAGUGUAUAGACGCAUACGAUGGCUUCGAUCCCAUUUACAGCGACUCACUAGGGGCUUUUUCGAUUACGGACCCCAUCUCUCUCCACGAGCUUGAGUUGGUGGAGAAGAUGUAUUCCCAUAUGGAUAAGCUGUUAAGCAAGGAGUCGGUCGACGAAGCUGACGUGCCAAAUAUGGCGCCUCAUCUCAAAGAAGCUCUCACUGUAGUAUUUGCCAAGCUUUCAGAACAUUCAAAAAGGUUUCAGCACGAGUUUCAAAAGAAGAUAUUCUCCCAGCUGCCGGCAAAGUCUGGGAUCGAGCUGGAAAUGACCAUCGAACAACAUGAUCUAGGAGAAGACGAAGACGGAGAUGAGAGCAUGGAUUUUGAAACCGAGUCCUCGCAAAACUUGAACCAACGACCUGGGACUCCCAUCCCUCCAGCUGAUUCCCCGCUGCAGCCAUACAAAGAAUGGCAUAUCGAAGGACCAAAAGUUCAACUAGCCAGGGCGAAAAACUUCCUUGCUGACUGCGACGUCGAUCGGACGGCGGACUGGAAGCACAAAAUCGCAGAGCUGACCGAGUACCUCGCAUAUCUGGGCUCUCAAGCUCAGGGAGACGAAGAUUGGUUUCACGAUCUCGAAGACGUUCACAACAUGCUUCAGGCACACGCCAUCUUUGAGAACUACCAUUACGGUGAGCAACAACUCAUCGUCGACUUUCCAACGAACAUCUGGCCGACGCAGAGCAAAAGACUGCCUCCGCUCCCAGGCCCUGAGAUCACCCUUCGCCCUGGGCGGCGUGACUUGACAGCCCCUAGACGUCUUCUCCAUGCAGAUGUGGCCAGUGCCUAUGACCAGCGAUACGAGCUGCCGGCCGAGACCCUGAGAAGAGAUUAUCUGGAGCCUUACUGGAAGGACAGUGAGAGGUUUUGGGCAGCUAGUCCAUGUGCUGAGGCGACAGAGCCGGCAAAUCUUGCGGCUUGCGAGAAUGAAGCUUACGAGGAAUGCAUGGAUGGCGACAUGGCGCAGACGGUAAAGUUUCUCGAGGGCAAAGGCAGUUUCCGUCCUCCAAAAAGCCACGAUAGCGCCUUGAAGGUCAAUAGAGGCACUCUGGAAGCGUUUGCUAGAUUCCACGGCGGCAAGCGUGCUGCUGUUCAGCACUGCCUCAACAUCUUCAGCCAUGACGAGAAUCGGAAAAUGUGUAGCUCUUUGCGCGUUCUCGCUCUGCCUGAGCCUGUUGACGGGAAAAAGAAGAAGAAGUCCGAUGCUGGAGUUUUCUUCACUACCAAGAAGCUGGCGAAUCCGCCCGAGAAGGAAUCGAGAGAUCCUUGGGCUUAUACGAGAUCCUAUCAGCAGUUCAAGAAUGAGCAACUGCGCUGGGCUCAGUGGGUCAAGGGUAAUUCUAUCGAGAAGCCUCUUGGAGUCAACGAGGUCAGUACAGGCCUCCCUCAUAACUGGAAGGGACCCGUCAUGUCAGAUCAGAUGAGUCUCAGUAUGAGAAAGACGUACGAGCAUCUGCGCCGCUGCCAAAAGAUCCAACAGGGAUUGAAGCGAGCUGCGAACCGAGCACCUCGAGACUUCAUCACUAGACUUUUGGAAGCCGUGGAAGCUGGUCUGGCUGGGGAACGAUCGGCAACAAAGGAGAUGAAUCUGUUAUUUGGCGAGCACGAGUACGAAUCGACUAAUAAACGUACUCUUGCGAAUAUCCGCCCUACAGAGGCGGCGUGGCUAGAGUAUAUUUGCCAACCGUCGCGGAAUCGUCCAUACAUGCUGGACGAAUCCCUUCGGAGGCUGGGAGAAAUCAUGCUAUCCAGAGUGGCGCGCAUGAUGAAUGAUAUUAGCCCUGUAUCGUUAUUCUGGGAUAUGAAGCCCAAGACGAUGCGUGCAUUCUUGAAAGAGCUGAAUGUUGGAUGUCGUGGGCCGGUUAAGAGAUAUAAAUUCACUGAGGAGGAUGUUAAACUGCUGGCACCAAAGUUGCAUGAUUUGAAGGUGCUGAGACUAUACACGAAUGUACUGAAUGGAGAAUGGAUGUUUGGUCGGCCAGAGACAGAGUUUCAUCCCGAAGACUUGGUCAAAUGGCCAGAUUAUGAGCCUCGACAACAGCAACAGCAAAGCCAGUCGUCAGAUGAUAAUUCCCUCGAGCAAGUCUCUGUCAUCCCGGGAUCCUCUGAAGACUUCUACGAGUAUCCUAGAGGUAUGCCUAGAAGGGAAGACGUCAUCUCUCUUCGAGACUUCAUCAGGAAUCCCGUAAGAAGUGCCGAGUGGCAUUGGCGGAUGACAAACUUCUUCCACUGCUUGGGUUACCGCCUAGGCCAAACGCUCAAGACACUCAAGAGAGUGCAUGAAGAGAAUCAAGACAAGAUCCGAGACGCUGACAUACAGGAAGACAAUGACUCUGUUCUCCGCGCCGCAAUCUCACGCUGGGAAGAUGAUGCCGAGAGGCUUCCCAACGACCCAUUAAACUGCCCAGAAGAGGAGAACAGCUCCUGGCGUAUGACAAUGACAUACCAGGACGUGGUCAAAACGGCGGAUCCAGAUACUUACGAACGAUACCAAUCGGCGUGGGCAGAAGAUGGCCGUUCCGCGUGGAAAGAGGCCUCUGAGAUUGUACGCAAGAAUCUCAUACGUGAGGCGUAUGAGAACAAGACCAUGUUGUGGCCGCUCCCUCUGCCGUACAAUAGCUACGCCGCGAACCACCAAGUUGCAGAUCCGACAUCCUGGCGAGAGCGGCUCGCGACGCACUGGAAAGGCAAAGAGUCCACGGCGGCCUAUCAAGCUCGAGCUGAUGCCCUUGAUGCCCACAUCCAGAAAGAAGCGGAAAAUUCUGAAAAGGAACGAGACGCCACAGCAGCUCAGAAACAAAAUCUGAAAACGAAACGGCGCGAACCGGUCUGGACAUUCGGACAUCCGUCAAGAAAAAAGGCUGUCCACUUGUUUUGGGAUAUCAACAACUGGCCGGUGCAUCUCCAGUCGGAGCGCAAAAGGCAGAUUAUUGCGUCUCGAGGACCUAAGAAAGGAAAACACGGUGAUGACGUCGCGAGUAAUGAAGCUGCUGCUGCUGCUUUUGCUGAAAAGAUGGAGAUUGAACAAGAUGAGAUUCGAUUUUACACAAAGGCAAUGCAGCGGCGCAAGUUUAUUCCUGGCAUGCGUGGAUUUAUGAUGGGAGACACGCCUCUUCAAAAGAAGAAGAUUGAGAAUAGGAUGAAGAUGAAGCUUGUGCCAACGGCAUCUAAGAAACGCACCUGGAGAGAUGUCCUCAAAUCGGUCGUCUUGGGUUCUCCUGAAAAGAGGAAAUCCGAAGCGAUUUCCGACGACUUGCCACCUCUGCCUGCAGAUCAGAUACCCCAGAGCCGACCGACGAAAAGACGUCGUACCCAGACGUUGCUAGAAAAGAUGGGCAAAGGCGAGGAGCGAGAUUUGUUCGCAAUGGCUAGAGGCGAGAAAGGUAUUCGAGAAACACCCAGCACGGUUCCUGUUUAUGCUCGGGGCGUGCCUUUGGCGAUGGGCGAGGUGACGUAUCAUCUCCCUGAAACAAGAACCCAGGGAGAUGCGAUGGAUGUUGAUGAGCCCAAGAUUGAACUUGGAUUGCCGAUGAAGAGAUAG